CUGUACAAGUGUGCACGAACGAGAAAUGAAGCAUAAACAAAUCACAAGCUCGUGAAGCUUGCAUGAAUUAAAUGUUAAAAUUUUGUGAAAAUGAACGCUUUACUAGAUUACGGUACGUCUUCGUCGGGGAGUUCUGAUGAGGAUAACGAAGAAUCUCCAGACGAAAAACCUGAGGAUGCUUCCAAACCAAAGUUACCAAAACCAGCUCUUGGAGAGAGCUCGCUACAUACCUCUGUAUUCUCGAACCCAUUCGUCGAAGCUGAAUUAGCUAAGGCAGCGAUAUUGGAGAAACAUGUCAAAAUGGUUCCAGGUAAAGACAACACACAGAUGAUCAACGGCAAAAAGAUAUGCUGGAACUACCGGAAAGGCAGGUGUCGGUUUGGACACAACUGCAAAUAUGCACAUGAUUCUGAUAUUCAGAAAACGGCUGAGGAACUACAGGCAGAAAAACAGAAAUUGAAAACAGUUGUUUGCGAAAGUUCAGGGACAAUGACCUCUGUUCCGCCACCACAGGUGGUUUUUGAUAACGAGGAAGAUACUUGGGAGGGUGAAGCAGACAGGAAAAAGCUGAAGAGACCUGGCCUCAGCCAGGGUAUAGUGCCAGGCAAGAAAGUCAUAAAAAUGUACAAAGAACAAAAAAUUCGGGAUAGCAUUAAAAAGUCUUGAAUACAAUAA